AUGCCAACGCCCAGAUCUGACACGGGAGCAGCACAUAUACCCGGUGUUGGUGACAUAGUUGUUGGCACACAGGUCGGUGCUCUUUUGAUACCAAUCAAGGUGUAUAUGACUAAAAAUGAUGUAGUAAAUUUGGCUGUGAAGAUUCCCCUGACAGAGGGAAGUCAACAGAUUCAAAUUUCAGUGCAAUACUUGCAUGAAAAGGUUGUUGAUAUGAAGGACCUUGAGGAAGUGGGAAUUCAGUGCGAUGAAGAAGUCUAUGUUGCUGGUGUUACAGCUUCUAAACCAAAAUAUAUUGGCGAUAGUUAUGGCCCUGACAGGGUUGCUGCAGAAGCAUCCAGAAUUACCUCUGCCCACACUGGUGAGGGUGGAAGACAGUUCACAUUCACAGAACUCAGUAACCCACCUGCUAUCACUUCUCAAUAUUCACCAUCUGCAAAGCCUUCAGAGCAGUCUGGUAUUCGAUGCCAUUGUGGACGUCAUUUUGCAGCAGUGAGUGCAAGCAGUUCUCCGGUGGAAAUCUCCUGCAGUAGUGUUUAUACUCUGGGAGGCAUAAACGAGUUUGAAGACAUUAUAGCAAGAGUGGAAAGAAACAAUCUACAGAAUGGUGAAGUGAUUCCACUCCAACUAAUGAUUGAGGAGAGAGAGAAAGGCAAUCCUCAGUGGCUCGAGAUCAUGCAAUUCUAGUGGAGGAAACUGUCCCUAAUGCCAACGCGUAGGUAUGGCACAGAAACAGCACAUAUACCCGGUGUUGGUGAUUUAGUUGUUGGUGGGUAUGUAGAAACUGGAGAUGAUUCACGGUGUGUCCACAACGCAGAAAUCGUUUUGACAACUUCAUCGCCUCUU